GAUUCAAAUGAUAGGCAUUCUUGAGCCACAUAUAGUUGACUUGGUGAACAACGUCCAUUGUGCUACAGAAACCCAAUUUAAGGAACUUCAAUUUGGAACUGAGCAAGCGCCAGCACCGAAGAAGUUUCGAUCAUGGACUGCAGAAGAAAGACUUGACCACUUUGCAUUGCAAUUUGAACCGGAGGAAUGGUUGGAGGAGCUAAUUGACAAUGGAGCCAAGUAUUUGAAGUACCCAUUGACCCAUAUGGAUGCACUACCAGAGUCAGAAUACAUCUGCACAAAGUGUUGCAGAAAGCAUGUUAAAGAGUGCAAGAGAGGUGGGUUCAAGGCAUUACUAGUGUUGAAAUGGAUACUCGACGACAUAACUUAUGAUGAUAUCAAGGACAUGAAAGUGAAUGGUUGGGGUGAUGAGAUAUAUCAGUGGGCACAGAAUCAUAAUUUAAAGCAUCUUUACGACACAUACUUGGAUAAAGUGGAACAAUUUACGAACUGUUUGCGGGUUCCGUCUUUGUUUCUGGUUGACGAUUAUGGUAACCAACUUGACCACUUACGAAAGUUCUUGCGUCAUCCGUUCUUUUUGAAUGAAUAUUUGUUAGAAGACCCCAUUCCAACGGAAGAUGCAGGAAUAUACGAGAAGGCUCAGAGAUACGGUGAAGAGUACAUGCAUGCAGAUACAAGGAAAUUGAUUCAAAUGUCGCAGUUUCAUAAUAAUUAUUGUCGGCAAUGCGGAAAUUCAAAACAUAGUGGCGAGUGCCGGUAUUCCCAAGCCAUAGAGUUGUUCUAUAUAAUCUUUUGCAUUCCAGCUUUCAGGGAUCUUCGAAGAUCAAGGCAACUUGGUUUGACGAUUAAUUACUUCCCCCACUGGCUUGAUGCAAUAAGCAAGAACGGACAUCAUAUUUGUAUACUAAAUGACAUUUUGGGCCGAGAUCGAGUAUGGGACUAA